UUCUCCAGGCCAGAGCUGCCCCGGCGGCGGCAUUUGAGUCGAGGAAGAUGGCGGCUCCUGGCGGUUUACAGUCCGGCCAGCUGUGAGGAGCCCCGAGUGCGGCAAGCGCUGCCUGAGGCGGAACGCCUCUGCACUGGCCCUGUCCCGGCUCCCUCACCGCUGUCGUCAGCGGGGCUAACCCGAGAGCGUGGCGCGGGCUGGGCCAGCUGUCGAGUGGAAUGUCAUGGCCAGCUCCUCGGACAGCGAAGAUGACAGUUUCAUGGCAGUGGACCAGGAAGAAACUGUGCUGGAAGGGACAAUGGAGCAAGAUGAGGAGCCUCAGCCAGUAUUAGAGGUUGAGGAGACUAGACAUAACAGGUCCAUGUCCGAGCUGCCGGAAGAGGUUUUGGAAUACAUCCUGUCCUUUCUGUCACCGUACCAGGAACACAAAACUGCAGCCCUUGUCUGCAAACAGUGGUAUCGGCUCAUCAAAGGUGUAGCCCACCAGUGUUACCAUGGUUUCAUAAAGGCCGUUCAGGAAGGAAACAUCCAGUGGGAGAGUCGGACUUACCCUUACCCUGGAACCCCGAUCACCCAGCGGUUCUCACACAGUGCAUGCUAUUACGAUGCUAAUCAGUCUAUGUAUGUGUUUGGAGGCUGCACCCAAAGCAGUUGCAAUGCUGCUUUCAAUGACCUCUGGCGACUUGACCUGAAUAGCAAAGAAUGGAUUCGACCUUUGGCUUCAGGGUCUUAUCCUUCCCCCAAAGCCGGAGCGACUCUGGUCGUGUACAAGGACCUGCUGGUGCUGUUCGGCGGCUGGACCCGGCCAAGCCCGUACCCCCUGCACCAGCCAGAAAGGUUCUUUGAUGAAAUACACACUUACUCGCCCUCUAAAAACUGGUGGAACUGCAUUGUGACAACCCAUGGGCCGCCUCCCAUGGCCGGCCAUUCCUCCUGUGUGAUAGAGGACAAAAUGAUCGUCUUUGGUGGCUCCUUGGGAUCUCGGCAAAUGAGCAAUGAUGUCUGGGUCCUCGACCUCGAGCAGUGGGCGUGGUCCAAGCCGAACAUCUCUGGCCCCAGUCCUCAUCCUCGAGGUGGCCAGUCUCAGAUUGUCAUAGAUGAUGCAACUAUAUUAAUCCUUGGAGGAUGUGGCGGUCCCAAUGCUCUCUUCAAGGAUGCCUGGCUGUUGCACAUGCACUCGAGUCCCUGGGCCUGGCAGCCACUCAAGGUGGAAAACGAAGACCAUGGGGCCCCGGAGCUGUGGUGCCACCCAGCUUGCCGGGUGGGGCAGUGUGUGGUGGUCUUCAGCCAGGCCCCCAGCGGAAGAGCCCCACUCAGCCCCAGUUUGAACUCGCGCCCGUCACCUAUCAGUGCCACCCCUCCAGCCCUGGUCCCCGAAACCCGAGAGUACCGCUCGCAGUCGCCAGUAAGGAGCAUGGAUGAAGCCCCUUGUGUGAACGGCCGCUGGGGAACACUGCGACCCAGAGCUCAAAGGCAGACCCCCUCGGGUUCCCGGGAAGGAAGCCUUUCCCCAGCCAGAGGAGAUGGCUCUCCCGUCCUCAAUGGUGGCAGUUUAUCUCCAGGAACGGCAGCCGUAGGUGGCUCUUCCUUGGACAGCCCUGUCCAGGCCAUGUCUCCUAGCACUCCGUCUACCACCGAGGGGUAUGACCUAAAAAUGGGCCUUUCUUUGGCCCCGAGACGAGGGUCACUACCAGAUCAGAAAGAUCUGAGAUUGGGAUCAAUAGAUCUGAACUGGGAUCUGAAACCCGCUUCCAGUAGCAGCCACGUGGACGGUGUGGACAGCAGGACAGCCGGGGGGAGUGUGAGGCACCUUCCCGAGCAGGCGAACGGCGUGCACACCCCGCCCCACGUGGCCACUGCCCUCGCAGGGGCCGUCUCCCCGGGCGCCCUGCGGCGGAGCCUGGAAGCCAUCAAAGCAAUGUCAUCCAAAGGCCCCUCGGCCUCUGCAGCACUAAGUCCUCCUCUGGGGUCUUCUCCAGGCUCCCCAGGGAGUCAGAACCUGGGCAGUGGGGAGACGGGGCCUGUUCCCCGGCCGGGGCCUGCCCAAGGAGAUGGACAUUCCUUACCUCCUAUUGCCCGCCGCCUGGGCCACCACCCUCCACAGUCCCUGAAUGUUGGCAAACCCUUGUACCAGAGUAUGAACUGCAAGCCCAUGCAGAUGUAUGUGCUGGACAUCAAAGACACCAAGGAGAAGGGGCGGGUCAAGUGGAAAGUAUUUAACAGCAGUUCUGUGGUCGGACCUCCUGAAACCAGCCUGCAUACAGUGGUACAAGGCAGGGGCGAACUCAUCAUAUUUGGAGGACUCAUGGACAAAAAACAGAAUGUGAAGUACUAUCCAAAAACAAACGCCUUGUACUUUGUUCGAGCAAAGAGAUAAUAUGUUGUAAACCCCUUUCCCUUUCCGUGGCUUUUAAUUUGGAACUUUCCAGCGUGCAAGUGUUUGGACUGAGAACUAGGAAAAACAAAGGACAAAAUUACUCCCAUAAACCAAAACCCCAAUUCCCAACCUCACUCACUCCAGGCUGGGGUCAAAUCUCCAUUAAGAAAAAUUAUAUAUAAAUAUAUAUUAUAUAGCCAACUCUGUUUACAAAGAGGGAGAGAUCUCUGUCCUGGUUCAGACAAAACCGUUGCUGUGUUUUAGCAGAGGCUGUGCUGCCUUUUUCUACUUUGCUGGUAACAAGACCAAGAAUUUAGGGAACAGACUAACACCAGAACUCUCCUGGAGGAACCGAAGAGCCCGCUGUAAAUCUUCACGUGGCCUCCUCAGAGUCAGACACAGGAAGGGCCUGCGGCAGGCGCGCCGGCGGAGGUUUCAGAUGUGUGUGCUCCUGGCGCUGGCAGGGUAAACGCAACCCGUAGAGAGCUGUCCUUCCCCUUCUCUCAGACCACGGAGGACUGUGGCAGCCUCUCUGUGUGGCGGUGUCUUACGCCUGGCUCCUUCUGCCCUCUGGGACCGGGGGCAGUUGCCCAGCAGAGGAUUGUGGUCCAUCCUUGUGUGCCAGGCCCCUCGUGAAACAGCGUGUGUGCAGCAACACAUGUCCACCUGGUGUCUUUGGGUAUUUUGAGUGCUCCCUCUGUGUCUCACAAAACAUUUCGGUGUCUGAUCGUGGAAUUUCCUGACAAUCGUGCUUGAUUACGAGUUGCCAAAAACCACACUUGUUCUUUCCUUCCCCUUAAAACUUGAUCUUCAGAAGCUGCCUUUCUUUUCUGUUUUUCGUUUUGUUUUGUUUUGUUUUGUUUUGUUUUUGCAUAUGGAGAUUUUUUAAAGCUCUAAAACCUUUCUCACUUUUUGUUUCUUUUAUAAAAGCUCAAGUGCCCAGAGAGAUCUCUUGAAAUAUUUCUGGAAUGCUUUCUCUGGUGUCACUAAGGGGCCGGUAGGGAAUUCAAGAUGCCAGUGUCAUGAGAGAUCCUUGAAGCAUCAUCUACUAUUUUUUCUUAUGAGCCGCUUUUUACUUCCAAAGCACAGUGGACACCCAUCAACAGUUUCUUCUAGAAAUUACUUUUGCCCUUGCUGUGACAUGCAUUUUUCUGCCUGGCUGUUACCCAGUGAUUGGGUUGAGUAUCAGGAGGCUUGACCUCUUUGAUGCAUGUUUGACCUUGAGAGCAGCUCCUUCUUUGUGAUCAUCUUGUUCCUGUGUCGCCCAGACAAGGCUUGGGGUUUUUUAUGUCAUUUCUGAGAUAAGUUGCAACCAGCUGGGGAAUUUCUUUGGUUGAUGCAGGAAGUUACAUGGUCUCUAAAACCAUGGCCUGGACACGUUGGAACCACUUAAGUGUGAUUUUUGAUAAUUUCUCAUGACUUCUCAUCAAUGAAAAGAGGAUUUUUAUUUUGUCUUUUAAGAUUUCAAUUUUAAAACAUUGCAUUUCCCAUCCCCGCACUCUCUUUUUCUUGUUAGCAUUUCCCAAGCACAGCCCGCGGCUGGCCCUGGGUCCUCCUGGCUUCCAGCCCGCACUCCGCAGUCUGUCCGAUAGGUGUGUUCACUCCCGUCUCAUUGUGUCCUGCCGAGUCCUUUCCCCUAACCAUUAGCUUUCACAGUGUGGUCUUGGUGGGAGCCCCCUGGCGCCAGGCCCAGGGAGGGCCCGCUCACAGAGAGGGGCGUGUGUUCCAGAAUCGGCCGUCUGUGCUCCCUUAGAGGAGGGGACUGCCACGUGCCUGCUUACUAUGGUGUCCAGCUGCUCGUAGCUCAACACACAGCUCUCCAGACUCCCUGCUCCGGGGCUGCUGCCGGUCCUUUUCUGGCAAAGACUGUUAGAUCACGUGGGGUCCUUCCUCACGAGAGAAAGCUGGCCUGAAAGAUCAGCCACUUGGGCAUCGCUGCUGUUGCCGAACCUCGUGUAGGACGUGGCCUUCGUGCGUGGGACGUGCCUCCGAGCUCAGCUCCCGUUUCACUAGAACGUGUCUGGAAGCCUGAAAGCGCAGAAUCCCAACUUCGUAACUUUCCUUUUGUCCCCUGGCCUUCCUAAGCGAGCUGUUAACUUGUCCAUCCUUCUGCUUUCCCCAAGUAGGCAGGUAACGGAGAGGAUUCCUUUAGAAGGUAGCCCGGCUCCUCGGAACUCCCUGGCAUCCCCGGACUGCCCGCGCCCCUCGGAACCAGACCGUCUGUUUACAGCUCUUCGAGAAAAAUCUGCCUCAUGUCUGCCCGGUGGUGUUGGUCUCGGUGGCUCUGGGGCACCGUGAGCAUGUACCUUAGGAGAGCGACUCAGCGCAGUCAAGGUGAUGGCCUCCUCGGGCCCAAGAAGCCCCACGCGCGGCGGAACUUCAGGCGUCUCGGCCUAGGUGACCGUUUGCACAGCGCCUCGGAUGCUUCGGGCGGAUCUGAUUGAACCACAUCUCCGGUUUGGACAUGAUGCCAAUUUUGUCUUAAAACUCACUGAGAAAAAUGAGACAAAAUAUUUUUUUUAAACCCUCAGGAGCACCUAAAGGAAAUAUUUAUCAGUAUUUAAGUAUUUAAAGUACAUUUUGUUUCUACUUGAAGCUUUAACCCCUUCCAUUCCUGCAAGUGUGCCUUGGAGAGCCCCCGCGUCACACUGACUUCCCGGCCACCUCGCUGACCCCGGGUGCGAGUCUGAGUCUCUGCCCGCCCUCUCGGACGGAGCUUCCUGCUUCCUCCUGUCGCAGUCUGGGCGGCAGAGAGGGUCCUGCGUUUCUGUUCAUAUUUUCACCCUUCCUCUGUGUUUGGGUGGGGGGCUCCAUGACCUCCGCCCACCCCACAUUUUGGGAGCACAGAGUAGGUGCCGAAAAAGCUUAAAUUUAGUUGUAAGGCCCUACUGGGCUUAUUUUCUUCCCUGCCCACUGUGGAUUGAUUUGACUUUAAUGUUUGAGUUUUUUAUAUCAAGAGCUGAAACUAUGAACUAUCCUAAGAACUGUGUUGGACCUCUUUAAAAUUAAAAAAAGGGAGAAAAAAAACAACAAAUCUUGACGUUGGGGGACAGAAGGCCACCAGCUGACGGAGAAUAAAGGGAUGCCUCCCUUCCUUUUCACUGUAUCUUCCUGGGUUUCCUUCUGCUUUGCCUCUUUCCUUCCCCUUGGAAGUGAUACUCCUGAUUGGGUUGUCUGUCCCUGUCCACGUGGCGACCCCGGCAUGGUGCUGUGCUCCGCUCCGCAUUGUCUGUGGCCUCUGGCCAGCAGCGCGCAAGUCCGUGGGGAGGAGCCGAACACACCCGGGGCGAGGAGGCGGAACUCCGAGGCCGGGUCCUGUGCAGCCCCCCCACAAACUACAGAAGGCAUGUUUGCAUGGUCACCAGUAAGUGGCCCCCUCUCACCAUGGUCAUUGUCAAAUCGGAGCAAAUCCGAGGCUCUGCCUCCAGCUCUGCUCCUCUCUCCCAGCUCUGCUCCCCCCCACCAACCAGGGUCCUUGCCAUCGCACAUCCGGUGUGCCCUGGCGCAGCUGGUGCUGAGCGAUGUUUCCCACAGAACUCGGGGGUCCCGGGGGGCUCACCCUGAGAGGAUCAUUUUAGGCACAUACUUGUGUAGGAAUGAAACGUGGAUAUGAUUUCAUUGAUAUUUAAAUCUGUCAAUUUCAUUUUUUUGUUGUUUUCCCCUGAUGACUUUUUAGCAAUUUAACAAAUAAAACAAAAUAGACAGAA